CUUUGACUUGUCACUUUUCUUCACUGUACAAUUUCCUCUCUCUCUAUCACAUAAUACAUAUAUCUACUGAUACGAUGGGAGAUGGCGCCACUAGAAAGUAUGGCUUGCUGCAGGACCUAUUGCUCAUCGUUGUCUCCAGCUUUUCUAUGUACUACAUUGCGAAAAGUGUAGUAGCUAGCCUGCCAUUAGGAACCGACCCCGAGAAGGAACAGCAUGAACAAGCUCGAGUGAAAGCUACAGCCAACCUGCGAAGGUUGGGCAUAUCUCGAGGUGAAGAGGACUCGGAAGAUGAGUCGGGAAGAAAUACAGACAGUUCGAGACGACCCAGGAAAGAAGAUUUCAACCUGGACCAGUAUGAAAGCCAGAUCGCAAUGGAGGUCGUCGCGCCUGAAGAUAUACCUGUUGGAUUUGAUGACAUUGGAGGGUUGGACGACAUCAUCGAAGAGCUGAAGGAAUCAGUCAUAUAUCCUUUAACGAUGCCUCACCUGUAUUCUCAGUCUUCCUCCUUAUUAGCUGCUCCGUCCGGCGUACUUCUAUAUGGCCCCCCAGGAUGUGGAAAGACUAUGUUGGCAAAAGCUCUUGCUCAUGAAAGUGGGGCUUGUUUCAUCAAUCUGCAUAUUUCAACACUCACUGAGAAGUGGUACGGAGAUUCAAAUAAGCUGGUACGAGCUGUUUUCUCGUUAGCCCGGAAGCUACAACCCACUAUUGUCUUCAUUGACGAGAUUGAUGCUGUUCUUGGGCAAAGGCGCAGCGGCGAACAUGAAGCCAGUGGAAUGGUGAAAGCAGAAUUUAUGACACUGUGGGAUGGUUUAACGUCAGCGAAUGCCGCUGGAGUACAAGCUUGUAUUAUGAUCCUGGGGGCCACGAAUCGAAUACAGGAUAUUGACGAAGCUAUUCUGCGAAGAAUGCCCAAGAAAUUCCCAGUUUCACUGCCUUCCAACUCCCAAAGGCGGCGAAUCUUGAACCUCAUUCUUAAAGAUACCAAAAUCGACGAAGAUAAUUUUGACAUCGAAUACUUGACCCGGGUCAUGGCUGGUAUGUCAGGUAGUGACAUUAAGGAAGCAUGUCGAGAUGCAGCUAUGGUGCCCGUUCGAGAGUUCAUCAAGGAGCAAAGAGAACGGGGAGUUGCAAUGUCAGGCGUCAACCCAGAAUCUGUCCGUGGAGUAAGAACGGAGGAUUUCUUUGGCCGAAAAGGCGGAGGACAAAUACUCAAGGACAAUCACGCUCGUCAUUCACACAAGCAAACCCAGAAGAAACCGGAAGCAUCAAGUGAGGAGUACGAGGACUUUGAUGAUGAGGCAGCAGAGUCCAUGGACUGAGGCGCUUGACUAUUGAGCGAUUAGAUGUGUAACAUACCGCGGGCGUUCUCAUGGUGGUCCACAUGGUUUAUAUACCGCAUGAACAUAAAUGGUCAGGCUGGCUUCUGGUGUUAGGAGGCUUGUACAUUGAGAAACAAGCAAAUAUCAACUCUUUACUUUGCUAUAAGAAGUCAAAACGAGGAUAAUGGCCACUUGAAGAUUCACGUGCGAAGAGGCUCGAUAGGAUAAGUAAUGCUUCGUGAUGGU